UUCCCAAAACCCUAAUUCAUAAGCACCAGCAGCUGACAUUCAGAAAUCAAACCCCUAAUAUUCCGAGGGAACAAAUGGGGUUGAAAUUAUUCGACAGCGACAGCUCCAGCGAGGACGAUGAGAAGCUAAACAGAAUCGAAAUCAACCAGGAGUUCGCCCGGCGUUAUGAGCAUAAUAAGAAGCGGGAGGAUUUGCAGCGACUCGAGGAGCUCAAGAAGAAAGGGGUCAUUGAUUCGGAGUCAGAUUCCGAAGAGUCUUCAUCUGAACAAGAGGAGGAGGAGGAGAAUGCUAACCUGAGUAAGAAAAAAGAUUUAGAAUUUUUUGAUGCUUUAAUUCGAGUUAGAAAUAAAGACCCUAUUUUGAAAGAUAAAGAAGCUAAAUUAUUUCAAUCUGAAUUGGAUUCUGAAAAUGAGGAAGAUGAUGAUAAUGAUAAUGAUGGAAAUGGAAAUAGUGGAAGUGAAGAAAAGGGAAAUAAGUUGAAAAAAGAUGGUAAAAGGAAGGAGAAAAAGAAGCCAAUGUAUUUGAAAGAUGUGGCGUCGAAGCAGUUGAUUGAGGAGGGGCCGGAGUUUGAUGAUGAUGAUGAUGAGGAAAAGGAUAAUGUGGAUAAGAAGGUGGUCAAGAGCUAUGCGGAGGAGCAAGAGGAGCUGAGGAAGGCGUUUUUGCAGGCAGUGGAGGACGCAGAGGCUGAGGAGGGGGAUGAUGGAGAAGAGUUUUUGAUUGAGAAGAGGAAAAGGGAUGGUGAAGACGAGGAGAGUGAGGAGGAUGUUGGGUUUGGAGAGAAGUUGGACGAGUAUUUUGGUGGGGAUGAGAAGUUGGACGAGGAUAUGAUGUUUUUGAAGGAUUAUUUUAGGAAUAGGAUGUGGGUUGGGAAUGGUGAUCAUAAGAAGGGGGUGGGUGAUGAGGAGGGGUUGGGUGUUUCAGAGGAUGAAGAGGAGAUUGAGAGGCAAGAGGACUAUGAGAGGGAUUAUAAUUUUAGGUUCGAGGAAAAUGCAGGGGAUAGGGUGAUGGGUCAUUCGAGAGUAGUGGAGGGGUCAGUGAGAAAAAAGACGAAUGCAAGGAAGGUGCAAAGAUUGAGGAAGGAGGAGAGGAUGGCACAGGCAGAGUUUGAGAGGAGAGAGGAGUUGAAGCACCUGAAGAAUGUCAAGAAGAAGGAGAUGAUGGAGAAGCUUAGGAAGUUAAGGGAGGCUGCUGGUAUUGGGGACGAUGGGGCUUGGUUGUUGGAUGAGGAUGACUUGGAGGAGGAAUUUAAUCCGGAUGAGUAUGAUAAAAAGAUGAAAGAAGCAUUUGAUGAUGGCUAUUAUAAAGCAGAUGAUGUUGACCCUGAGUUUGGAAGUGAUCAUGGUGAAGAUAAUAAUGAGUUUGAAAAGCCAGAUUUUGCCAAAGAAGAUGAGUUGCUUGGACUUCCCGAAGGUUGGGAUGAUAUAAGAAAUGCCUGCAAUGGCUUCUUAUCUACCAGGGAAAGAAUUUUACAGCUCAAGACAGAAAGUGGAGACAAUCAUGAGCAAAGUGAUGAAGAAGAUGUAAGGCCUGAAGAUGGAAAGCGGAAGAAAAAACGGAAGCGUCAUGCCUCUGAGGUGGAAAAGGCAUUGAGAGAUGAGUUUUUGGAGGAGUAUUAUAAGUUGGACUAUGAAGACACAAUAGGUGAUUUGAAGACUAAAUUCCAUUAUAGAGAGGUUCCUCCUAAUAGAUAUGGACUUAAUCCGGAGGAAAUUCUUAUAAUGGAUAAUAAGGAGCUGAAUCAGUACGUUCCUAUUAAGAAGCUGGCUCCAUACCGUGAAAAGGAAUGGAAGGUUCCUCGAAUUAAGGCAUAUCAGCAGAGGCAGAGGAUCAAGGAAGUUAAAGCAAAUGUAUCAACUGUACCAAAAAAUCAUAAGUUGUUGAGUGACAGUAGAAACGUAAAUUCUGCGUUGAGUUCUGCUGAGAGUGAGAAACCAUGGCCUGCAGAAUCCAAUGGUGAUACAAGCAAACUGUCACGUCGUAGUAAGAGAAGGCAUCGUCAAGCUGAACUGAAAUUGUCUCACUCAAGGCUUAUGGCAUAUGGGAAAAUCCCCUCGAAAACAAAAAGUAAAAAGAAGUCCAGCGUGCAGGAUGUAGCUUAGGCAGUUUUUAUUAAGGAGGCACUUAUUGUCUCCUAGAUGAAUUUUGCCCCAGGAUGGUAAGAAAUUGGCAACAUACGCUGAUUUUGCAGGCCUUGGAUUUGAGUUUUGGAUUGGUGUAGGCAUGGAACUGCUUCCGCCGAAACAAGGAUGUUAUGAGAAGACAGGCAGUGAGAUGUGACCCUGAGGGGAGUGAAAUGCUUGACUUCUUUUCUUCUCCUUCAUCAAUGGUCAAUCUUUUGGUUAGAAGAGCUGAAAACUGCUAAUUAAUCUUGAUCUGCGAGGCAAUCCAAUGAGCUAAUCGAUUUUAUUUUAUUUUUUAAAAAUUUAUUAGGGAGAUUGGCAGGAGUUUUGACUAGUUGUUAAUUGUAUCAUAUAUACUUUUCUCUUAUUACAUUAUCCGGUUUUGUGCUGUUUUCUACAUCGAGUCUGGUUUGCACGAUCAUAUUUUGUACUUUCAAAGACAAAAUCUUUUUAUAA